GUCACACCCGGAAGCAGAGAGCCGGAAGUGGGGUUGGACAGGUUAUCCCCUGGGGUGGGGAGGCGAAGGCCCAGGAGGAGGGGGUCAAAAAGAAGGCGGAGGAUCCUGGCUGCUACUCUGAACCCGAUCCCGAUUGUCUUAGACCCCAGAGACCCAGAGAAAGGGAAGGGCGUCUCCUCCCCCUUCCUCCCCUCCUCCCUCUCCUCAGCCUUAGCCAUGGCCGAGGCAGGGGCCGGGCUGAGUGAGACCGUCACUGAGACAACGGUUACCGUGACAACCGAGCCCGAGAACCGGAGCCUGACCAUCAAGCUUCGGAAACGGAAGCCAGAGAAAAAGGUAGAAUGGACGAGUGACACUGUGGACAACGAACACAUGGGCCGCCGCUCAUCAAAAUGCUGCUGUAUUUACGAGAAACCUCGGGCCUUUGGCGAGAGCUCCACGGAGAGUGAUGAGGAGGAAGAGGAGGGCUGUGGUCAUACACACUGUGUACGGGGCCACCGCAAAGGACGGCGUCGUGCAACCCCAGGACCGAGCCCCAGCACCCCUCCCCAGCCUCCUGACCCCUCCCAGCCCCCUCCAGGGCCAAUGCAGCACUAAAUUCCUCUGUCCCCCACCAUUCCUGUGUCUGUCUGGCCCUGAAUGUAUUCAUGUGGCUACCUGGGGACUGAGCCCAUGGUUUGAUCCCUCCAGCCCCUCCUCCUCUCUCCUCUGCCUGAGGGAGGGAAGGGGGAGAGGAGGGUAGACAGAGAUCCUGGAAUGCUGACUUGCUGCUACUCCAGAACCCAGACUUCCGGGUUCCCCCCCCCCGCCACACUCGUUUCUCCUUCCGGUACUCAUCCUCUGCUCUCCAGGGAUCCAGGCACCUAGGUCCCGGUCUGUCGCCCUUGUUCUCACUGCCAACCUGUCUGUCCUGGGAUGCAGUUAUCUUGGCCCCUUGCAUUCUCCCCUGAGUCCCAAGCACUUAACUUGGGUUUUCAGCAGCCCUAGCUUUCACUGCCGGGGGUCCUGGUCAGAUUGGGGGCAGUCUUGUCCCAGCUGUGCCUGUUAAUCCUGGCUCUGAGCUCUUCCAGGAAUGGACUUACAUAAUUGGAA